AUGACCAUGUCAUCAUCAUCGAAUUUGAUCAAUACACUUGAUACUAUUCAAAAUCAAAUAAUUCGUUAUGUUUAUCCUCUAUGGCUUGUAUUUGGUACAAUUGGUUGUUUAUUUAAUCUUGUAGUUUUUUCUCGUCCAAAACUACGAACAACUUCAUGUUGUGUUUAUUUUUUUGCUGCAUCUGCCAUUCAUUUGUUAACAUUCGGUAUUGGUCUUGGACCAGUACUAUACAGUCUUAAUAAUCCUGAUCCUCAAAUACAAAUACUUUCAUUUUGUAAGAUACGUGGUUAUUUAUUUCAAUUAAGUAUAAUACUUUCUCGUUGGUUUGUUGCUUUUGCUUGUAUUGAUCGGUUUGCAUCAACUUCUACUAAAGUUCAAUUAAGAAAUUUUGCUAAAACAAAAAUUGCUUAUCGUAUAAUAAUAAUUAUUAUUAUUUUCUGGUCAUUAAUUUGUAUUCAUAGACUUAUAUUUUAUGAAAUUAAAGGAAAUCUAUGUGGUAUUAUAAGUAAUACAGGUGCAGCAUUAUAUCAUACAGCAUAUGUUAUUUUUGCUGUGGGUAUAUUUCCAUCAGUAACUAUGAUUAUAUGUGCAUGGCUUAUUCGUAAAAAUCUUAUUUAUCAACGGAGUAGAAGAGCACAAUUUUCUUUAACUAUUAUUCAACGACAUUCACUUAAUCAACAAGUACUUAAUAUAUUAUUUAUGCAAAUAAUUUGUUAUAUUGUAUUUACUCUUCCUCAAAUGGGUAAUUUAAUAUUUAGUACAAUAUCAACUACUAUUCCUAAUCGAUCAGAUCAACAUUUAGCUAUUGAAAAAUUUGUAUUAUUUAUUGGAGAAUUUAUGCUUUAUUUAUUUGGUGUUACAUCAUUCUAUUUAUAUACAUUGACAUCUCGAACAUUUCGAUUAGAAUUUAUUAAAUUUAUUCGUUUAGUAUUUUUUCUUCAUUGUAAACGUCAAAUUACACCAAUAAUUGUAUUGAGUUAG